UCAGAUGCACACAUCCGUCUAAAACGCCAUCUGCAAAACAGGGAUUCCAACGCCAGUGAAUCCUUCGCCAGAAAAGAAAUUCAAAUGGCCUGUACAAUUCAUUGUGCGAAAGGAAUCAGGGGACGCCGAGGCAGGCCUGGUACUCCAGGCAAGCAUGGUCCGCCUGGGCCCCAGGGACCACAGGGGCCUAAAGGUUCUCAGGGAGAUCAGGGGCCUCCUGGACCUAGGGGCAAUCAGGGCCCUCAAGGACCCAGGGGUGAUCCUGGUGACUCCAUCUCAGCUCCUUCUAUUGUGACAUACCCAGUUUCCACUGUGGUAAACGAAACUGAUGUAGCUUCACUGCAGUGUAAGGUUAAAGGAAAUCCUGUUCCUCAAAUUACAUGGCUUAAAGAGAAUACCAGUCUUCCAGCCGACAAACGAAUCGUACAGUCUCGUGGAGGUUUAAUGAUUAAGGAUGUGACGUCACAAGAUGGUGGAGUGUACACGUGCGUAGCAAGCAACAUUCUUGGAUUAAUAAAAAAAUCGGCCACCUUAACUGUCCAAGGUAACAUGCUCCUCCUUUGUUAUUAAUUGGAAAGUCAUGGAUUAAAAGCUAUUAAUAAGAAAUCAAACUCUAUUAAAUGAUAUACUUUCAACUUGAAAUUAGGCGUAUUAAUAGUCAACGAUGUCUGUUAAAUUCCCCAUGAACAAUUAUUAAUAUCCCACUGUCCAUAUAGCCUACUAAUGAUGAUGAGUCUUGUCAAAACUGCCUGUUUUUAGUGAAUAGAGCGGUAAUUGGGCUAUAAAUACAACUUCGACGACUAUAGUGUCCUAUAUACCUAAUUAUAUACGGGGGAUUCUAUGCAAGACGAUUUGCAACGAUGAUUUUUAAGGCAACAUUGUUGGAACAAUUCGAAGAAAUUUCCCCGCAAUGUUGCAAUUGCCUAAUUUCAUACUGCGCGGGGGACUAUCACUACCGGAUGUUCCCGGAGAUUUUAAAAAGUCCAGUUUCAAAAUGGCGGAUAGUCGGAGUAAAAACUCGAACGAAAGCAUUCUUUUUCGAAGAAAUAUUGAUCAAUAUUCCCUCGGAGAAUCUGUCUACACUUAGUAAGGAAAGGAUGCAGUAUUUCUGCCAUGCCCUGAAGCUAAACUUAAGAAGCAGACACUCAGCAAGUGCAAGCAAUUGUUCGAUGAACAGGUCGCUCGAACCAAACAUGAUUAUAAAUUUUCUACAGCAAAGGAUCCUCUGUUUAAUUCUACCCGCAUAUGAAAAGUAGAGGAUCAUUGCAGGAAAGAACACAGAUGUGAUUGUGCACGUACCGAUCGUAUCCUAAGUAUGCUGGAGCAAAACUUAAAAGAGCAGUACAGAAGGGGUUACCUGGAUUAUUCCCGUCGCGGAAAAGAGCAAUGUCCGUGAAAGGUAAUGAGUGUAGUGAACUUUGUGGCCUUAUGUAUGUUAAACCUAGUAUUGUUCACAUGAAGGGAGAUAAGGGACUAGUCUAUACUCAGUGCAUGCUAGCCAAAAGGUAGAUUCUUGAUUGUGAUUACAGGCUGAUUGCCCAAAUUACAGGAACUGCAGUGUUACCGGACGAGAAAUGCCUCUCAAGUAAGACUGAAGUAUACUUGCUUUUAUCCAUGUUCAGUGAGAAUUGUUUCCGGUCUGAUCUUUAGGAUUUCCACUGAGACCGUACGCAGCGACGGGGAGAAAAUCUGACGUAAGUCUUGCCGACCUAAUUUACACUGUUGCCGUUUCACUCAGGGUCACUCUGGCGUGUUUCGCUUUUUGGUAGUUUUUAUUUUACGGUUUGGAAAAAACAGGUACACCCACUCCCUUAUCAUUCCCUAAUAUUCCGUCGGAUCCAGCGCCGUGAAGAGAGCUAAACUCGACGGUUCUUUGUUCAAAUUUUUUGUCGAACAAUCCGGGAAUCCUUCCAAUACUUCCAAGCAGCGAAAGUGUCCGAUUCAGGAGCCUAUCAAAUGGAGCCUCCAUCUCCCAUACAAGCCCUUGGAGUCAACCCUUUCCCGAGUAGAUUUAUAAUUAGAACGGUUCCCAGGGGAGACUUCGCGCGCCGACGGUGGGAAGAGCCAAUCACAACGACUAAAUGACACUGCUAUUGUACUUCAUGAAACAGCAGGAAAUCCGGUGCUGACAGGCCAAACAAAAUCAUAAGCUAGUGAAACGUGACUUUAGCGUUUUCAUCCCUCAGAGAUUUUCUUUCCUUUCUUUCUAGCGGGUAGAUUAUACUGUGGAGAGUUUUAAACUCUGACUAUGUUAAUCUUAAUUUUGGUUGCUUGUCUCACAUUAAGCUGGUCUGUUACAUGCGUAAGGAUUAACUACUACCUGCAGUCUGUAGUUCUGACAGGAUUAGUUUUCUUUAGCCAAUUUUUUUGAGCGUUAAGGUUCUUAUUAACCAAAUUUCUAGUUUUUCAAGUUUUUAUCCGAAAUGCGUUUGUCUGAAUAAAUACUGUGGUUGUUUUGUCCGUCAGUUAGUGUGAUGAUUCCCUGCUAUGUUUUGUAACGCCGAGCCCAGCCAUUGUUUUCUCGCAAAAAAAGUGAUCUACAGAUGCGAAUUCAAAGGAAAGAAUUGGCCUAAACUUCUACAUUAAUUGCUGAGAAUUCUCCUGUUGGUCAGUCAUAAUUCUUUGGGCGCAGAUACAAUCCAUUUUCUUUUUCUUGAGAUAAGAGGGUCUUUGGACUGGAACGCGAUGUCACAAAUUCCACCGUUAGCAAAUUACUUUUGAGUUAGCUUCAUCACGGUCGAGCAACUGUUGUCUUCUGUUCAACUUUUCAAGUGCCAGUUUUAUCAGGCAACCCUCAUGGUGAUACAAGUCAGUUGUAAAGGAAGACUGCAAUUUUUCUGAAGCAUUCCUCCUUAGUUGCUACUUAGGUCAUCGCUUUUGCACACGGUGCUUAACUGGCGAAAUCCACUACACGGCGAUGACAAAAAUAAAUGAUCCUGGCACUUUUUCGGCGCUGAUCAUCGAAAAGUUUCAAAUCGUCCACAGAACGCUUAAUCGUCGACUCUUUUCAAGGUGCAUGCUUAAAUGUGGGAUGUAUGAAGGCAAAAAAAAAAAAACAAAAACAAACACUCGCAAAGAACCUUUCCGUGAUCCUCAGUUCGCUGCCUUUGUCCCAUCGCUUCAUGCUCAGUCUCAGUCGGGUAAUUCAUUAACUUUUAUUUCAUCCCAGAUCCCAGCGGCUGUAAAACUGUAAAAAUGGACGUAUAGUAAAAAAGGAAAACGGUCGAAGGACGGGCUUCUGAGUUCGACUUCAUCCAACUUCAUUUUUUUCACGGUGACAUACGAGACUCACGGAAAUAUGACACUCUUCGCGGGAAACAAGCCGUUCUAUUUAUAAAUCUACUCGGGAAAGGGUUGACUCAAGAAAUUAAUGGAGAUGGAGGCUCCAUUUGAUGGGCUCCUGUCCGAUUAGAUCUUUCUUUUCUCGAAAUUUUUAAUCGAGGUUCUUUAUCGCAGUAAAACAACUGUUCGUAGCUUUAGAGUAUUAACUUUCUGGAGUAAUCUGGCCCUUAAUAUCGUUUCAACUAUACGCAAUGACCUUUGCUUUACCUUCUAUUUUGAAAGCCAUUUUCAAUCCCGAAUCUGAAAAGUCUGGGAAAAUCCGGUAGUGCCAGGCUUCUGCGCGGUAUGAAAUUAGGCAAUGCUGUAUUGCACUGUAAACUGUCGUUGUGAAUCGUCCCCUGUAACAUUGCUCAGGAAAAAAUAAUGCGACAGAAACUGUUAUCGGUAGAUUCUAGGUUCGGCUCUAAUCAAGGGAACUCGGAGACGUUUUCCCAGAACCCUCUGUUUUAAUUUACUUGUAACUUGUUUUUAUUAACUUGGCUUAUUAUAUUUCUUCAUUACUUUAAAGUUUCUGCCUUAAUCAAUCAAAAACCCUCGUCUGUUUUUGCUGAAGUAGGGGAAAACGUGAGGUUGCAGUGUAAAGCUACAGGUCUUCCAAAACCAACGAUCACGUGGCGGAGAGCAUUUGGUUCCUUGCCAAGAGGGAAGACUGAAGUGGAUGAUGGGAAAUUGACAAUUCGUAACAUAGCUAAAGCUGAUAGCGGGGAUUACGCAUGCUCGGCGAAGAAUUUUCUUGGACAGGACUUUGUUGUUGCUCAGUUAAUAGUGAUUAACAGGCUCACAUUUACCCUUACUCCUCCCCGGAAAGUUACUGUAUCACAGUCACGCAACUUGUUGCUAAACUGUGCAGCUCAAGGUAACACUGAGAUCACGUGGAAGAGAACUGGAAAAGGCUUACCUCACAGCCACGUGAUUUAUUCAAAUGGAACUUUGCUCCUCAGAAGCGUGGUUACAAACGAUGCCGGAACAUAUUCUUGCGUGGCUAAGAACGCACUUCGUUCUGUUGAAGCAACUUCUGUUGUUGAAGUGUACAACAAACCUUUGUCCUGUAGCAGUAUAAAAUCAGGCCGCAGUGGAAGCUCUUCAGGUAAUUAUAUUAUUGACCCUGAUGGCAAAGGAGGCGUGGCCUCGUUCAGUGUGUAUUGUAACAUGAGUGACAAGGGAGGAGUUGGCGUGACAGUUAUAAGUCACGACAGUGAGAGUAGAACCCAUGUUGCUAAUAUUCCUGGAUGUGGUAGUCCAGGUUGUUACAGGAAAGAUGUGACCUACACUGGAGUCAGCACCGCUCAGUUGGCAGCACUCACGCGAGUCUCACAGAACUGUGAACAGUUUAUCAAGUUUGAAUGCAAUAAUCGCGUAGCUUUUAUUUCAAGAUCGCCAGGUGAUAAUUAUGCAUGGUGGGUUUCACGUGACGGAACACGUAUGAACUACUGGGGUGGAGCGACAGGCCAAGAUAACAUGUGCGCAUGCGGAGUAACAAACUCGUGCUCUAAUGGUAAAAAGUGUAAUUGUCACAACUAUGCCAACGGUUGGAGAGAGGACAGUGGUUUACUGACAGACAAGUCUGCUCUUCCUGUGAAACAGAUCAGACUGGGAGACUUGGAUGGUUCAAGUGAGGAAGGUUAUCACACAUUAGGAAAACUCAAAUGUUAUGGACAGGCAUGA